AGCCAAUUCAAAGGUGUGAUUUUUAGUGUUGGUUUCCAUGGCUGCAAAGUAUUUCCCUUUGAGAUGGGAGAGCACUGGGGAUCAAUGGUGGUUUGCCUCUCCCAUUGACUGGGCAGCUGCCAAUGGGCACUAUGAUCUGGUGAGAGAGCUUCUUCACCUGGACCCAAAUCUGCUCAUAAAGCUCACAUCUCUCAGGAGAAUUCGCCGCCUAGAGACCCUCUGGGACGACGAGGAACACCUGGGCGGCGCCGUGGCUAUCUGCCGCGCUCAAGUGGCCAAAAAGCUCCUCUAUGAAUCCGAGACCAAGAAGGGACAGACUUCGCUGAUCAGAGCUGGGUAUGGGGGGUGGCUUCUUUACACUGCCGCCUCGGCCGGGGAUUUGGAGUUUGUGAGAGAAUUGGUGGGGAGAGAGCCACUUCUGGUGUAUGGGGAAGGGGAAUAUGGGGUUACCGAUAUGUUUUACGCGGCGGCCCGGAGUAAGGAUUGUCGGAUUCUCAGGCUGUUGCUUGAUUGUUGCGUCUCCUCACCAAAGCCAAAGGGUAGUGGGGAGUUAUCCUCUGCAGGUUUCAAGAAGGAAAUGGUGAAUAGGGCUGUUCAUGCUGCUGCGAGAGGAGGGAAUGUUGAGGUUCUGAGAGAGCUUCUGGGGAAUAAUUGCUCUAACAUUUUGGAUUUGGAUUAUAGGGAUGAUCAGGGAGCUACUCUCUUGCAUUCAGCUUCAGGAAGAGGACAGGUUGAGGUGGUUAAGAGUUUAUUAGCAUCCUAUGAUGACAUUAGCAAUUCCCGGGAUAAGCUAGGGAACACAGCGCUACAUGUGGCUGCUUACCGGGGCUACUUAGCUGUCGUGGAAGUUCUUGCAUCAGCAUCUUCAUCAUCCGUCUCACUGACAAACGAUCAUGGAGACACGUUUCUCCACAUGGCUGUCGCGGGCUUCAACAUCCCGAGUUUCCGGAGAUUGGACCGACAAAUAGAGCUAAUGAAGCAGUUGGUGAGUGGGGAAGUUGUGAACAUAGAAGGCAUCAUCAAUGUAAGGAACAAUGACGGUAAAACUGCUCUUCAUGUUGCUGUAAUGGACAGCGUUGUUCAAACUGAUCUGGUGGAGCUUCUAAUGACCGUGCCCUCAAUUGAUCUGAAUAUCUGUGAUGCUGAAGGAAAUACUCCAUUGGAUCUCCUCAAGCAACACCCGCAGUCUGCUUCUUCGGAGAUAUUGAUAAAGCGAUUUGUUUCAGCAGGAGGGAUUUCCAAUUUUCGAGACCAUACGACGAGAAGUGCCAUAGUUCCACAUCGAAAGACACACGAGUGUAUCAUUGGCAGCCCGGGGACCUCUUUUAGGAUGUCUGAUGCAGAAGUGUUUGUGCACGCGGGUGUUGAGAAUAAUGUGUCUGAUGAUGUUCACAGUGGCCUUGCAGGCACGGAUGAUCACGAAACGACUCAAAUGAGUCCUUGCCAUUCUGUUGCUGGUUCUAACUCAUCACAGGGCAAGAAAUCGGCUUCAGUAAACAGUGCUGCCAGGCGUCUAAAGGCGCUUCUGCAACGAGCGUGGAGAAAAGAGGCAAUCGAAAAGGACUGUUGUGUUGAAUCUCACACGGGGUGUUUGAGCUUAGCCGAGAAACCGCCGCCUAUCCCACUACGACAGAGAUUUUCCGCGACGCCCUCUCUUGCAGACAACCAAGAAACAACACCAACUUCUUCUUUGUCUCCCAGUAGUCCAUCUUCUAAAAAGAAGUUUGGUGGCGGGCUAAGGUGCGGUGUCUUCCAAGCAACACCACGUUCAUCCUUCGGGUCACCUUUAAGUGUCCUUUCAGGGUCAUCUUGGGCAUCUCCCGCGUCUCUGAGUCAGGCAAGGAGCGGGGACCUGGGCAACACCAGCAGCGUGAAGCUCUUCCACAACGGAGAGAAGUCGAAAAUGAAACGCAAAUACAAUUCCCUCAAUAUGAGGCUGGUGAACAAGUAUUUGUGCUUUGGUGCUCAAGGCCUAGCCAUGGAACAUAAUCCCAGUAACAGCAAAAGCUGCAACCCGCAGGAUGAGUUUUACAAGCAUCCAGUUGUAGCAUGAUCCACUUCAUUCUAACAGGAGUUUUGUCCACCAGAGUAUGCUGAUGAAAAUUUGUGAAGUAUUAGAGGAACUGGUUAUUAUGGAGUAUCUUUAGCUAGCGAUAGACUUCAUGUUGAGGCCUUGCGGGCAGCUGUGAAUCUGUGAUGCUGUUGAGAACUUGAGAUUUGCUGGAAAGGCCUUAAAACGCCACUAUAGGACUCAGAUUAUUUAUUCAAAUGCUUAAAAUAUUUGUCAGCAUUUCUAUUGGAUAUUGGAUUCACUCUACCUUUUUAAUUGUCAAAAAUAUGGCUUAGGUUUAAUUUUUGAUUA